ACUGCAGGAUUUGUUCUAUAUUGCUGCAAAAGGAUAGAAUGUUGGAUGACAACAUGGGAGACCUAGUUUAAUCCAGGGAUAGCCAUGUAAACUCACUGAUAAGCUUGAAGUUAUCAGAACAGUCCUAUUUAGUAUAUAUGCUUUUUUGAGUUCCUGGAAAAAAGGUGGAAUAUAAAUCUUACAGAAAAAACAGUUCAACUGACUGCUAUACACAGUAAUAUUAACCUCAGCUCUUGCCAUUGUGCCAACUUCUGAACAUUCAUUUGAGAUUUUAAGAGUCUCAUGUUUUUUUCCAAUCCCCUUUUGAUCAAUCCUUGGGGUUUUUUUAAAUCAAAAAUCACAACUAUAACUUGUUUCCUGUAUGUAUGCUUUCUUUUUUGGUAAAGCUUCCUUUUUCCUGUUUAGUUAUGACUCUAUAAAGUUAAAACAGUUGGCUUGGUUCAAACUGUUAAUGUGUACUUCUCCUUUGCAAAUUGAAGUAAUGCAGUAAUGCAGUAUUUGUACUGGACAAAUCAUUAGUACUCUGAUUUUCUCCAAAAAUACAUUUGAAUAGUUUCUGUGAUGGCAGCAAGUGAACAGAGUAUAUGCCAAGCCCGGGCAUCAGUUAUGGUUUAUGACGAUACCAGUAAGAAAUGGGUGCCAAUAAAGCCUGGACAACAGGGCUUCAGCCGAAUCAACAUCUAUCACAACACGGCCAGCAACACAUUUAGAGUAGUUGGAGUUAAACUUCAAGAUCAACAAGUAGUGAUUAAUUAUUCAAUUGUGAAAGGAUUGAAGUACAAUCAAGCAACACCAACAUUCCAUCAGUGGCGUGACGCACGGCAGGUUUAUGGACUGAACUUUGCUAGUAAAGAAGAGGCAACCACAUUUUCAAAUGCAAUGCUAUUUGCCCUAAAUAUCAUGAACUCACAGCAAGAUGGAGGUCCCACAACCCAACGCCAGGUUCAAAAUGGACCCUCUCCAGAUGAAAUUGAAAUUCAGAGAAGGCAAGCAAUGGAGCAGCAACAGCAGCAACGCCAAGAAUCCCUGGAAAGAAGAACCUCUACCACAGGUCCUGCCCUUCCACCAGGUCACCCCUCUAUUGCCACUGGAAUAUCCACAUCAUCUGGUGGACCACCCCCUCCCCCUCCCCCUCCUCCUCCACCUACGGGAACUGCACCUCCUCCUCCUCCCCCAUUGCCAACAGGUGGUGGAGGAUCUAGCAUUGAUGACGGAUCAAUGUCAGGACUAGCAGCGGCUCUGGCUGGUGCCAAACUAAGAAGAGUGCAACGGCCAGAGGAUGGAUCUGGAGGUUCUAGUCCCAGUGGUGCUUCCAAGAGUGAUGCCAAUCGAACAAGUAGUGGAGGAGGUGGUCUUAUGGAGGAAAUGAAUAAACUAUUGGCAAAAAGGAGAAAAGCAGCAUCUCAGUCAGAUAAGCCAGUGGACAAAAAAGAAGAGGAAAGCCAAAAUGAAGAUGCUAGCACUUCUCCUACACCUGUUACACGAGGCCCUGUCCAACAGCAGAAUUCCUCAGAUGCUGGCAAGAAACUUUGGGAGAGAAGCAACUCCAUGGAAAAACCAGUCACUUCGUUACUCUCUAGAAACCCAUCAGUGGAGAGAAGUCCUGAACCGAAAGGUCGUGUUCAGUUUCAGCCAUCUUUUAGGAUGAAGCCAGCGAGCAGCAGUAAUGAUGUGGCAAUGGACACUUUAGAUUUUGAUCGUAUGAAACAAGAAAUAUUGGAGGAAGUUGUAAAAGAAUUACACAAAGUAAAAGAAGAGAUAAUUGAUGCCAUCAGGCAGGAAUUGAGUCGAAUCAGCACAACAUAAUGGCCACGAGACCAUCUGGAAGUUGAAAAGGACAUGACAAGUGAUGGUUCAUUUCUAAGUGUACCAAGAUCAUGCAGAAUGGUGAAAGAGGACACCUGACAGCAUCUUUUGUUUUUAAAAUCCUUUUUAUUAGCAGACUCAGCAGACUUUGAAGCUUGCUACUGCCUUGGAUUUGCUUCAU